AUGAAUAGUAACAAAGCAUUAGCUGAGACGAAUAACUUUAUUGUCCUAGACAGCUACACACGUAUUGCCGAGAGGCAGGAGCAGGCGAAAGGCUAUCAGACGGAGGCCGACCUAGAGCGUGAACUCAUAGAGGACUUAGUACAGCAGGGCUAUGAGUUCGUCAAGGACUUACAUACCCUAGAGGCUAUGCACCUCAAUCUAAGGACGCAGCUAGAGCGUUUGAACGCUGUUCGCUUUAGUGAUAAGGAGUGGGAGCGACUGCUUAGCGAAUAUCUGGAUAAGCCUAACGAGAGCCAUACGGACAAGACACACAAGGUCUUUCAUAACUAUAUCUAUGAUUUUACCUUUGAUGAUGGACAUAUUCAGAAUAUCUACCUUUUUGAUAAGCAGGACAUCACCCGCAAUAAGCUUCAGGUUAUCUCUCAGUUUGAGCAGACAGGCACGCACGCCAAUCGCUAUGAUGUAACGAUCCUAGUCAAUGGCUUGCCCUUGGUACAGAUAGAGCUGAAGAAACGAGGUGUCGCCAUUCGUGAGGCUUUCAAUCAGAUUCAUCGCUACAGUAAGGAGAGCUUCAAUAGUGAGCAUUCGCUCUAUAAGUAUUUGCAAAUCUUUGUUAUCUCUAACGGAACGGAUAGCCGUUACUUCGCCAAUACGACUAAGCGUAAUAAGAACAGCUUUGACUUUACGAUGAACUGGGCAGACAAGAGCAAUCGCCCCAUCAAGGAUCUCAAAGACUUUACGGCAACCUUCUUUCAGCGUAAUACUCUGCUGAGCAUUCUGCUUCAUUAUUCUGUCUUUGACACAAACGAGACGCUACUCAUUAUGCGUCCCUAUCAGAUUGCGGCUACGGAGCGUAUCCUCUGGAAGAUUAAGAGUUCCUAUCAAGCCAAGCAGUGGGGAAAGCUAGAGAGUGGUGGCUUCGUCUGGCAUACGACAGGCUCAGGGAAGACGCUCACGAGCUUUAAGGCUGCCCGUCUGGCGACGGAGCUAGACUUUAUUGAUAAGGUCUUCUUUGUCGUAGAUAGAAAGGACUUGGACUAUCAGACGAUGAAGGAGUAUCAACGCUUCUCGCCUGAUAGUGUCAAUGGCUCUAGCAAUACGGCAGGUCUGAAGGAGAACAUAGAGAAGGACGACAAUAAGAUUAUUGUAACGACGAUACAGAAGCUCAACAACCUCAUCAAGGGCGAGAAAGAACUUGCCGUCUAUGGUCAGCAGGUCGUCUUUAUCUUUGAUGAAUGUCAUCGCUCACAGUUUGGCGAGGCUCAGAAGAAUCUCAAGAAGAAGUUCAAGAAAUACUAUCAGUUUGGCUUCACGGGAACACCGAUAUUUCCAGAGAAUGCUUUAGGAGCAGAGACGACAGCGAGCGUCUUCGGUGGCGAACUGCAUUCCUAUAUCAUCACCGAUGCUAUUCGUGAUGAGAAAGUGCUGAAGUUCAAGGUGGACUAUAAUAAUGUACGUCCUAAGUUCCGUCAGUUAGAGCAGGAGCAAGACGAGGAGAAGCUCUCUUCAUCAGCCUAUAGACAGGCGAUGCAAGAGCCGAAGCGUAUAGAGGAAAUCAGCCGUUAUAUCCUGAGUAAGUUCAAUGAGAAGACACACAGAACCAGUACGCACAGGGGCUUUAAUGCAAUGUUUGCAGUGGGGAGUGUAGAGCAGGCAAAGCUUUAUUAUGAGGCUCUUCAUAAGCUACAGGAGGGGCAAGAGCGACCUCUUCAGAUAGCGACAAUAUUCUCCUUUGCUGCUAACGAGGAGCAGAACGCUAAGGGCGACAUUGAGGACGAAGGCUUUGAACCCUCGGCAAUGGAUCUGACAGCUAAGGAGUUUUUAACGAAGGCUAUAGAGGAUUAUAAUAAAAGCUUCGGCACGAGCUUUGGCGUAGAUAGUAAGGAGUUUCAGAACUAUUACAGAGACCUUGCCAAGCGUGUGCGUAGUCGGGAGGUAGACCUGCUUAUUGUCGUGGGUAUGUUCCUCACAGGCUUUGAUGCCCCUUGUCUGAAUACCCUCUUUGUGGAUAAGAACCUACGCUAUCACGGCUUGAUACAGGCUUUCUCUCGUACGAAUAGAAUACUAGACAGCACCAAAGCCUUUGGUAAUAUCGUUACUUUCCGAGACCUAGAGCGUGCGACCAUAGAUGCUAUUACGCUUUUUGGUGAUGCGAAUACUAAGAACGUAAUCUUAGAGAAGAGCUAUGGCGAGUACCUCAAGGGCUUUACCGAUCUAUCUACAGGGCAGGCUUGUCGUGGCUAUGAGACUGUCGUGGAGGAGCUGAGCGAACGCUUCCCCUCUAUUGAGGAUAUUGUACUGGAGCAGGAUAAGAAAGCCUUUGUUAAGCUCUUUGGGGAGUACCUGCGUAUAGAGAAUAUCUUGCAGAACUUUGAUGAAUACAACACGCUGAAAGCCUUUCACACCAUAGAUCAAGGAGAUGAGGAGGCUGUG